GCAGCGAGCGUCCUCCUCCUCCUCCUUCUUCUCCUUUCUUCUUCAUCGCCAUCGACGCUCCUCUGUCUUCCUCUCUCUCCUCGAGCGGGUCUUGCGCUACGCCCGCCUCGUCGGCAGCAGGGCCCCGGAGCGCCCCCCCGCCGCGCCCCCUUCGCCCAGGUCCGCUCCUGCGUAUGGGCUCACCAUGCGCAGGAUUCGGGCCAACGCCAUCGCGAUCCUAACCGUCGCCUGGAUCCUGGGCACCUUCUACUACCUGUGGCAGGACAGCAAGCCGGCGGCGGCGGCGGCGGCGUCUGCACCCUCGUCAGCGGGGAACCACCACCCGGGAGGUGGGCGGCUGGAGAUCCACCGGGACGACAGGACCAUCCCGCUUAUAGUGAGCCAGCCCCCGCAUGGCGACCUUCUGCUGGGCGGCCUGGAUGAGAACAAAUACCUGGACGCGAAGCAGCCGAAACCCGGAGACGACCCGUACAGGGAGCACGCCUUCAACCUCGUCGAGAGCCACCGCCUGGGAGCGCAGCGGCCGCUCAGGGACACCAGACACUACAGGUGCGCGGCGCUAAACUAUGACGUCGACCUCCCGUCCACUAGCGUCAUCAUCACCUUCCAUAACGAGGCCCGCUCCACACUGUUGCGCACCGUCAAAAGCGUCCUGAUGCGGAGUCCUCCUCAGCUCAUUCACGAAAUCAUUCUGAUUGAUGACUUCAGCGCCGACGCCGACGACUGCCAACUGCUCGCUCAGAUCCCCAAGGUCCACUGCUUGAGAAACGGCAGGAGAGAGGGACUUAUCCGGUCCCGAGUUCGAGGAGCCAACGCGGCCUCGGCCCCCAUCUUGACUUUCUUGGACAGCCACUGUGAGGUCAACACUGAUUGGUUGCAACCCAUGAUCCAGCGUGUCAAGGAGGACCAUACGCGAGUGGUCAGCCCCAUCAUCGAUGUCAUCAGCCUGGAUAACUUUGCUUACUUGGCAGCAUCGGCCGAUUUGAGAGGAGGAUUCGACUGGAGUCUCCAUUUUAAAUGGGAGCAGAUUCCACUUGAGCAGAAAAUGGCCAGGAGUGACCCCACGCAGCCAAUCAGGACCCCGGUGAUUGCGGGUGGCAUCUUUGCCAUGGACAAGAGUUGGUUCAACCAUCUUGGACAGUACGACACCCACAUGGACAUUUGGGGUGGGGAGAACUUUGAGCUGUCGUUCCGCGUAUGGAUGUGCGGCGGCAGCCUGGAGAUCUUGCCGUGCAGUCGCGUGGGUCACGUGUUCCGGAAGCGACACCCGUACGACUUCCCGGAAGGCAACGCUCUCACCUACAUCAAGAACACACGGCGAGCCGCCGAGGUGUGGAUGGACGAGUACAAGCAGUACUACUACUCGGCUAGGCCCUCGGCGCAGGGCAAAGCUUUUGGCAGCAUAACUGACCGUGUGACGCUACGGCGGAAGCUCAACUGCAAACCUUUCCGCUGGUACAUGGAGAAUGUCUACCCUGAGCUAAGGGUUCCCGAGCAGGAGGCCGUGUCCAGCAUUCUCAGACAGGGAACCCUGUGCCUGGAGACCCGCGGGACGGACGGACUCGGCCUGUCGGAGUGCAAGGUGGUCAGAGGCAGCAGACCGCAGGCGCAGAGGUGGGAGUUAAUUGAGCCGCUGAUCCGCCAGCGCGACCUUUGCUUGGCCAUCACGCUCUUCACUGCCGGGUCAAAGGUCACCAUGGAGCCCUGCAAUGCCAAAGAGCCUCGACAGAAAUGGAAACCCAAAGGCUCGGCCCUGCAGCACACAGUCAGUGGGCUGUGUCUGGAUAGUCAGAGCCCGCCCGGGCCCCCUGUCAUCGCUCAGUGUCGCCCCCUGGUGGCCAGCCAGGCCUGGGAGCCUCAGAUCAUCAACUGAAGGACCAAAGGAAGGUUCCCGAAACAGAAGGAUUGUCUUGGCCUUGCUUCUAGAGCAGUGUAGGAUGCUCCAUCUUUAAAGGAGGCUGCAGCUCUUUUAACCUAAACUUGUUGUUUGUUUUUUACAUGUAUGUGUUAAUAAGAGGACUGAUGGGCAUAAAGCUUUGGUUGGGUGGUGUUUUUUUAUUUAUUGUUCUGCAUGUUUGCACCUAAAGAAUGCUUUUUUUUCCUGCUUCCUGUCCUGUCAUCAUGUUGCGAAAAUACUCAAAAGUGUACAUUUGCUUGAUAUUUUGUUGAAUGUGUGUGAAUGUGUAAAGUCCAUCUGACAAAUAAAAUGUUGUAACAAAGAA